GCGAAUUUGUCUGCGAAUUUUGCACGUGCGAAUUUUUCUCGCACGUGCUUCUGUUCACACGGCAGGAAUCGUAUGCGCCAAUCCUAGGUGCUAUCAAAUGGCCAAUUGAUACAAUAGCAACUGAUGGUGUUGAUAAUGUCUCCAGUGCCAUGGUGCUCAAGUGACGAAUGGCAAAAGCUGAGGGCUCUGGUGUGCAGCAUACAGGAAGACUCCACUAACACGGCCAAACUUCGGCUAACAAUCAGCAUUCUGAGAUGCCUGAUGUCGAGAUUGCCGUCGCCACCGAUUGGUGCUCUGAUGACGUCAGAGCUUCUGCAGGCGUUUCUGUCAGUCGCUGGCGACACCGACGUCGCCACGCGUGAUGGAAGAUCGCAGAUGGCGUUCGCCAUUAUCAGGUUCGUCAACUACGUGAGCCACGCAUUCCAGGAACCGGACAAGUUCGGCGUGCUACCGCUGCACAAGAUGGCCGCCCGGCAGAACGUGCCCGACUGGCUGGUGACGCUGCGGCACGACGCGUCGCACGGCGCCCUGCCGCCGGCGCACCUGCUCGGCUGCGCCAUGAGCGCCGCCCUCCGCUGGGUCGUCGCCGAGUACUGGACGGAGCGGGACCCGGCCGCCGAACCGGAGCCGGAGCCGGAGCCGGGCUCGGGCCGCGUGCCGUCGCCGGAGGCGGCUGCCGUGCCCCUGCGGCGCCUGGAGGCGAUGCUGCGCGGCUCGCGAGGCCGCCACGUCAGCCGGACGCUGCUGCGCACCUGUCUCGCUGGCGAGCCGCUGCGCCGGCCGGCGCUGCAGACCAUCGCCCGUGCCAUGGUCGCCUCGGUGCCGCAGGACAAAGGGGAGCCGAUGUCGGCGGCGCUGCUGCAGUCCUGGCUGUCGACGCUGACGGCCACGUCCGGCACCCACAUCCACCAGCAGUCUGGCAACCCUCAUCCACCAGAGGAUCCGGCAUCCCACAUCCACCAGCAGAACGGCACCCCUCAUCUGCCAGAGUCGGACGCCGGCCGACCGGACGGGCCUGUGGCCGCACAAGGCCCCAACGGCUGCGCGUGGCGCCAUCUGCCGGACCUGGCCGACCAGGCCCGACACGUGGACUGGGACCGCCUGGUGCGGGUGGCGCUCCGACGCAAGAACAGGACCACCAGCCGGGUCCUGCCCUGGUGA